AAUUAUCUUUUCAGUAGAGAUGUUUGUAAUAAUUGCAAUUGAUUUGAUAAGACAUGUUAAUUGAAUUUCGAUUUGAAAUUCUUCAUUUAGAUUCGAAAUUCUUCAUUUAGAUUGAAGUCAUAUUUCAACAUGAUCGCUUAUCUAUUUAUCACUUAUGUUUCAUUCAUACAUCUACAAACAACCGAAUGCCUUCCACGAGUUGUUUACUUAAUUAGAAGCGAUAAUAAUGACUUUACCAACGAUUUUAAAGCAGACACAUGGAAUUUUGACGAUGAAAAUGAUAAAAAUCUAAAUAUGCUUGCAAAAAGAAAUGAUUUCGGAAAUGAUAGAGACGUCUUAGACGAAAUAGACUAUAAUGUCAAAUAUUCGGAUGUGUUUGCGAAAGCAUUCGAUUAUAGCAGAGGGAAUGUAGAAACGAAAACAGAUAAAUUUGAAACCGACAAAGAUGGUGCAGAUUUGUUUAAGAAUGAAUACGAAUUUGAUAACAAUAUUGAUGACGUAAUAAGAGUAAGUCAUAAUAAAAAAUAUAAAAGCAAAAAGCACCCUUUAGAUAUUCAUGAUAAUGAAAAAUUAUUUCUUGGAAAGAAUUUAUUCAAAAUUAUAGCUGAUGUCGGUGGUAAACUGGGCAAAGAAAUCGUCAAAGGUAUAGAAUUCGCUGUCGAUGAGAUAGCUAAGGCCGCAUUUCAAGCAGUACCAAAAGUUGUUUAUGAUGAAGCUACAAAGGGCUGAAUUUGAAUAAAGCUUACAUACUAUCGUUUUUUUUAUUCGAGUUGAGUUUCAAAUUAUAUAGACGAAUCUCGAUAAUUUGAAACUCAAGACACCAGAGAUUCAAAUUACCAAGAGUUCAAAAUAACAAAUGUUUAAAUUUUAAUAACCACCAGUCACUCAAGUAAAUAAGAGUUUUAUCAGAAUUUGUGAUUUUUUAAAAUUGUAACAGGAGGCGAAAGGACAAGAGGCUCACCUGAUGUAAAUUAAUCGGCCAUGGGCAUAGCCAGAAGGCUCGCUUGUUGCCGGACCUUUUAAGAAUUGGUACUCUCUUUUCUUGAACCUUGACCUUAGUUCGAAUUAGUUUGAUAUGGUGAUGCGCGGCAAUUUUUUUUAUUAUUUCUAUAUUAUUGUUAUUUCGAAAAGAAGUCCGUAAUAUUUCCAAAGACGGUUUUUUCAGUUAAAAUUUUUUUAAAGAAAAGUGUCUGCGUGUAACCUUUACGCGCGAUUGAAGUAAAACUUCUUUGGCGUUGACGGCAUAUAUAUCACUGAAAUUAAAAUAAUAAAUAUCAUAUUAUAAUUCAAUUAUAUUUAUUAUUCAUGUGCUUUACAAACAUUACUCAAACCUUCGUAGAUCAGCACAUGUCAAUAUAACCUUGUUAUUGAAUAUUAUAGAAUGUCGCAAUCGUCAAAAAAUUUAUUAUUGAUUUUCUUAUUUUAAAUGUAAUAAAUCAAUAAGUAUAUUUAGAGAUUUUCAAAAAACUUUGAAACUUUACGGGAUGUCUGCACAAAGAGGCCUAAACAGGCGUAGUUCUGGUAGGAUCAGGGGUUCAAGGUGGUGGGAUCAUCGGGAUCAUCAUCUAUCGGGCUCAUCAGGAUAAGGGCUUGAGUCUUCGCCACUGUGAUAGGUCUGAUAAUAUUCAAAUCUGAUUUAAUAUACUUCAAUUACACCUAUUCACACAUGUACUCGUAUACUAUUAUUCUUGUGAGCUGUCAGUAAUCAAUGUCCUUCAGAAAUGCUAAAUUCCAUCAAAAACAAAUUGUAAAAAAUCAAGUUGAAGUCAAUUGUAAAGAACGCAGUUCUUCUACCAUAAAAAGUGAGAUCCAUGUUAUACCAAGUCAGUUCAGUCCCUACUUCAGGUGCCCUCUGUCUUAAGUUAUUACGUAAUCAGCUAACCUGACAUCUUAUAGUGACCAUAUCAAUAUUAAAAUACAAUUUUUUUCUUGAAGCUUCUGUGUCUGCUCGAAGUGCCUUAGAGUUUUGAUGAUCGGUCAUUGAGUGACAAAAUACAGAUAUUUUGACUUGUUAUAAUUUUUAAACUACUGGUUCAAAUUGAAUGAAAUUGUAUUUAGACAGUCCCUGCUUGGUAAAGUCAGAAAAUACAUGCUUGUAAUAUUAUUCACAACGAUGUUAUAGGUGUUCGAAAAUGACUUGAACUGCGAGAUUUCACGCUGAAGCCACUAGGCCAAUACUGCUUGCUUAGGUAAGAGCAAUGAGCAUAAAAAUACAACAUUUCUUUGAUAAAAUUGCACAAAUUGAUUAAUUUUUUAAUUCCAUAGUGUAAAAUUAAUUUGUAGGCUUCACACUUGUUUAAUUAGCUCAAUUAAAAUUGUGGAUAAAACACAAUUGUUCGAAAGUUUGUGGUCAAUACAAAAUGUUUUUUAUUUGGUUGAUGUUGGCUCUGGGUAAGUUUGUUAGCUAAAAACCAUUUACAAUACAACAGCGGAAAUACCCAAAGAUCUAGAAGUUUUAAUUGAUUUGAGCGACCAGGUAUCAAACCUGAGAAACAGUGGUCCAAGAAUGCUGGUACCGGAUAACCUCGGGAAACGGAGUAAAGGAAGAAUGAGUACAAUUGGUAUAUUCCGUUCAAGUCCUCCCAUACCGCUGAUCCACAAGGAAUUAUUAGAGCAUUUGGUUGAUUUAAUAUAAUGAAUGGGUGGAUAUA